GAAAGCCCAUGAGUAAACUUAUAUUAGAAAUGUAAAAGAUGCAGCUGCAAUAGAUCCAUCAGAUCUUGUUGACAAAUACAAUGUAGUGUACUAAGUGUAGGCACACAAUGAAUAAUAGAUGUGAACUUAAUGACAUAUAGUUCUUUGAUCCGUUGUUGAAUUAAAAACUGGAAUGAAAAUGUCUAAAUCUGCGAAUGCCCCAAAUAACACAUUGGUAAACCCAACAAGUAUACUGGGUGAAAACUUCACAGGGAGAGUGUCUCCAGUGAACUAUACUUUUACAGACACUGUAAAAGAUACUGACGAUGUCAAACAUAUUAUCAUCAAACAGAUCCCAGAAAAUCAAGCCUUCUCACCCUCUGGUCCAUUUACAUCCAUCAAGACGGAUCAACUAAACCUUUCGACUCCAAAACUUUUUCUUGAGAAAUCUGCAGCAACCAAAAAGAUUGUGAUUGUUACGUCAAAUGUGAAUAAUCGUACUACAGCUGCCAGAGUGCUUGAGAGCUUGUCACACGAUCCAUGGAAAUUAUCAAAGGAAACAGGUGUUUCUCGAAAUCUUGACAGACCCAAGACACCUAUUGAAGUUGUGAGAACAAGUGCUCCUCUCACUGUUGUAUUACCACAUCAAAAACAAAAGGAACCAAGGGCAGGUUUUGGCGAAAACACCAAUGUCUCUGCAGCUACCUCAAGUACAGGUCACAAUGACUCUCUGACCAAUCUAGGAUGGGUAAACAGGGUCACUGGUGACAAUGUGAUAUCGAGUUGCGGCCCAGGUCUCCCAGAAUUCACUGGACCCCCAAGCACUAUGCAGCAGGCCAACGAUCGUCUCCAGCUUGAUUUACAUAACACUGAUAGCCUGGUGGAUAUUAGGAGGGUGGCAACUGAGUGUGGCACAAGGCAACGGCCCCCUUACUCAUACCUUCACCUCAUUCAGAUCGCAAUCGGUAGUUCCCCUGCACAGAAGUUGACACUCAGGGAAAUCUACAAGUGGAUUGAAGACAUGUUCCCAUUCUAUAAACACACUAAUGGAGAGGGCUGGAAAAAUUCUGUGCGUCACAACCUGUCACUUUAUGAUGUUUUCAUGCGGGUUCAAGGGCAGAAGGGUGAGCAGUCUUCCUAUUGGAUGCUUAACAAGGAACUCCUUGAACGGGAAAAGAAUAAUGGGGUUCCUCCAUGGCAUUGUAAGGCCAUCAAAUCAAAACCUAAAAAACCUCGAAAUCCCAGGAUAACAAAGGUAGUGACACCAGUGGAGACACAUUCGCAGCGAUUGCUGAUACCAAAACCAAAAACUUUGCCAAUACAGACUGUAAAUCCUGUCUCUGGACUCCAAAUAUCCAGAGCUCAUUUCCAAGGAAGUCAGUUGUCUGGAACAACUUUGACCGGAACUCCACUUUCAGGCACUCCAUUGUUGAGUAUUAAUAACUUUCAGUCAGCAGUCCCAGUGAACACUUCGUUCAAUCAAACAAAUGAGAUGAAGCCGAUACUGCCGAAGCCAAAUAGUGAUAAAUCGUACACUCUCAUGCCAAUCUCAGACCCAUCUAUUCUGCCUGCUGGUCUCCCAGUUUUCUAUGCCCCAGUCAAUAGUUACACUACACAAGGUUCACAUGUUCAAGACAACAGCUUCUCUCCCCCAGGAUCCAAGAAAUCACGACUCAGUCACAACCUUACUAAGGAUAUAAUAAGUCUAGCAUGGUUGAAUGCUGGGAUCGAGAAUACACCAAACAGGUCACAUGAUCCUGUGACAUCAACAGAACCACUGAUUUCACCGGAUUCGGGUAUUGAAUCAAAGGCAAGUGAUACCAGUCACGAUAGAAGUAAACCACUUAUCACAAAGCCAAGAAAAUAUAAGAAAAGAGCACCGAGAAAAAGUACACAUAAAAAGCUACGUGAUGAAUCUGAAAAUAUUGAAUCAUUCACAGAAGUGUUUAAUAAUAUAUGUGCAGCAGCGGUGAAAACAAAUUCAUCACCAAAUCAAGACUUGUUAAAGACUCCUCCGAAAUCCCAAAAUAUGGCUACGUCUACACCAAACAAAGGCCUCAUGCUAACCCCAAAUUGGUGUUCUCCAAUUGCCAAUCUAACUCCACUUAGGAAUACCAGUAAUUUAUUAGAAAGUGGCGGUUACAACUGGACACCCUUCAGGAUAACACCUGUCAGGACUAAUGGAACAAAGGGAACACCAGGAUCAGCUCGACGUAAGGAGGCUGAGAAAAAUAUGAUUACAGACAUAUUUGGGAUAACGCCAUUGAAAAAUAAUGAAUUGCUUAACGAUAGUUUGAAUUUGCAUGACACUAGUUUCAGUCAUAUAUUUAAUGGAACAAGCAUGCCUUUUGAAACCAUAGAUGAAGGCACACCUGUUGACGCAUUUGGAAAUAUAAGUUUCUCAACGUUGUGAUAAAGGAUAUACUUCAAGUCGACACUUCACUAACUUACAAGUAUCUUCCCCAAGAACUAUGUAGUCUAAACAUUCGCAUUGCCAAGUAUAGGCCAAGAGGAAAAGGAAUCCUUUUUACUCAAAUCACUGUUUUUCAAAUUUUAUAUUCUCUUUUGUUAGGCUGAAUUUAAAAUAUAAAGUUAGAAUAUUACAACACUACAUAUUAUGCAGAUAAGUACUAGGCCUAGCCUAUAUAUUUGCUUUUAAUUUGAUGCUACAGUAAGUACAAACAUUAAGUCAGUUGAUCUUGG